UCUGCGCAGUUACUGAUCAUUUCAACGGUAUGUUAUGUAUGUGUUAUGAGACGAAUUUUAUAACGUGUCUCUGGAAGAGAUUUGUGGCCCAGUCAGACUUGCACGAUCAUUGGGGUGGCUGAGCUGCGAGAGCACUUCGUCUGUACCCAAAGACUACCGCUGCUAACUGGUGAGCUAGCUAGUACUAGCUGACUAAUGUUAAUUCAUACGAUGUUUCCAGCUAGCAGAUAUUCAAUUCAAGCCCAGAGGUGUAUAAGAGCGUUGAAAACGGUGAAAGCAGAUCAUGCACCUACACAGCUCUACACAUGGAGAUGGAAAUGCUCGUCCGCAGUAACGCCUCGCAUAACAUCACACUACACAAUCUGCCCCAGGGACAAAGACCCACGAUGGGAAGGUACAUAACAUCACACUACACAAUCUGCCCCAGGGACAAAGACCAGCUACGUGAAGGUGUGGAGAUGGAGCGGUUUGCCGACGAGGCUGAUGUGGUGAUAGUGGGUGGGGGUCCCGCAGGGCUGUCGGCAGCCAUCCGGCUAAAACAGCUGGCCAAUGAGCAGGAGAAGGAGCUGCGUGUCUGCCUGGUGGAGAAGGCCUCUCAGAUCGGUGCACACACUCUCUCCGGGGCCUGCCUGGAGCCCAGCGCCCUCAACGAGCUCUUCUCAGACUGGAAGGAGAGAGGGGCACCCUUGAACACACCAGUGACAGAGGAUGUGUUUAGCCUUCUAACCAAGAAAUACAGAAUCCCUGUCCCAAUGUUGCCAGGUCUGCCCAUGAACAACCAUGGGAACUACAUUGUGCGGCUGGGCCACUUUGUGCGUUGGUUGGGAGAGCAGGCUGAGGAGCUAGGAGUGGAGAUAUACCCCGGCUACGCUGCUGCUGAGGUUUUGUUUCAUGAAGAUGGAAGUGUGAAAGGAAUUGCCACCAAUGACGUGGGCAUCGCUAAGGAUGGUUCGCCAAAGGACGUGUUUGAGAGGGGGAUGGAACUCCAUGCUAAAGUGACACUGUUCGGAGAGGGCUGCCAUGGCCACUUGGCCAAGCAGCUCUACAGGCAGUUCAACCUCAGGGAGAACUGUGAACCACAGACCUACGCCAUUGGCCUAAAAGAGGUGUGGCUGAUUGAUGAGAAGAAGUGGAGACCGGGCAGAGUGGAGCAUUCGGUGGGCUGGCCCCUGAACAGGAACACGUACGGCGGCUCCUUCCUCUACCACCUGAACGAGGGUGAGCCACUGGUGGCCUUGGGCUUUGUGAUUGGGCUUGACUACACCAACCCAUACCUCAGCCCUUUCAGAGAGUUCCAGCGAUGGAAGCACCACCCAUUCAUUGCCAAGACCCUGGAGGGAGGGAACAGAAUCGCUUACGGAGCCAGGGCGCUCAAUGAGGGAGGCUAUCAGUGCCUACCUAAAGUGACAUUCCCUGGGGGGAUGCUUAUCGGAUGCAGUCCAGGCUUCAUGAACGUACCAAAGAUUAAAGGCACCCACACGGCCAUGAAGAGUGGCAUGCUGGCCGCAGAGGCCAUCUUCCCCAAAGUCACAGCCAAGGACCUAGCAUCUGAAACUGCAGGACUUCAUGUACCUGAAUAUGAGGACAAUUUAAAGAAGUCUUGGAUCUGGAAAGAGCUGUACUCAGUAAGGAACAUCAGGCCCUCAUUCCACAACUACUUUGGGCUGUACGGGGGCAUGGUCUACACCGGUGUCUUCUAUUGGAUACUCAGAGGGAAGGAGCCAUGGACACUGAAACAUGCAGGCCUGGACUCGGCCCAGCUGAGACCGGCUAAGGAGUGCACGGCCAUCGAGUACCCCAAGCCCGACGGCAAGCUGAGCUUCGACCUGCUCUCCUCGGUGGCUCUAAGUGGCACCAACCACGAGGGCGACCAGCCCCCCCACCUUACCCUGAAGGACGACAGUGUCCCCGUGGCCAACAACCUGGCCAUCUACGAUGGGCCUGAGCAGCGCUUCUGUCCAGCAGGUGUAUAUGAGUACGUUCCACUCGAAACUGGAGAGGGUAUGAGGUUGCAGAUCAACGCUCAGAACUGCGUGCACUGCAAGACGUGCGACAUCAAGGACCCCAGCCAGAACAUCAACUGGGUGGUGCCCGAAGGCAGCGGAGGACCAGCCUACAAUGGAAUGUGAUUUCCCUUUUCAUUCAGACAUAUCACGAGGCACCAAUUGUAGCAGUGAGGUCAGAAACCUCAAGUGUGGUGUCUGCAAAAACACAUUCAGGGCUUGCUGCCAAGACAGCUUUUAGAAUCUACUAUACUGUGUGAAUAGAUAUGGAACUGAAUGUCAACAUUGUAAAGUACGGGCAUUAAACAGUGACUUUGGUUCAUGUACGGUUUUCAGAAUGCAACUAAAAAGUAUUUUAUAUAUUUGUAUGCCAUAAGCAGAAGAAGCUGCAUUGACAUGGAUCGAAAUAUCUUCAAAUCAGUGCCAAAAUUGAGGGUUAUUUCAUUAGCUAGUUGCAGGUGCCAUUAGCAAUAACAGCAUAUGAUCUAUGAGAUACUGUGGGUAGGAUGUAUGCGGGUGAAUAAAAUAUUUACUGUG